AUGGCUAGUGAUCAUUGUGCCGGAAAUGCAGGGCAGUGGGUGAUUCCUGAAGUUCCAGAUUGCUUUCACGGUGAACUGACCCGUCAAGAAGCUGAAAAGCGCCUACUUCGCUUCUCCAUUCCAAACAGUUAUCUACUUCGCCUCAGUGUAUAUGAAAAUGAAGAAACUGGACAGAUAUCUCUGUACUAUGCCUUGUCCUUUCUUACCUCGAAGCUUCCACCACAGGAGUUUUAUACUCGUCGAGUCAGAGCUACACGAAGAUAUGAGCCGCCAUGUAACUUGCGACUCGGGUGCAAACCUGGUGACGAAUUUCUUAUUGUCGACGAUGAGUCUCACCCUGAUUGGAUGCUAGCAACCUCGGUGCAAACACGUCAGAGUGGAUACCUUCCGAAGUUUUGUCUUGAGAGAAUUGUUAUUUUGCAUGCACUAGACGGGCCGUUCAGUUACCUCCUUCGUCUGUGUGACUCCGACCCUGGCCUUUACACUCUCCUCGUGUAUGAUGGGACCCGCAUUCUCAAGUACAAAAUAGCCACAAGUGUUGUUUGGUGGGCUACUGUGUCUCCGAUUAAUGCUAGCCAGACGGCUUCGAAUGGUGCUGAAGGCGACGGAGACGAAAACGGCGGUGGUGCCAGCUGCGUGAAUCCUGUUAUCCAGCCUUUCACGAAGCCUCUCUACGAGUCGGUAGUCAAGAUUCGCUACAACAAUCUUUGGUACACAUCGGUGGAGAAUGUUGUUGCUGCUAUCGAGGCUCAAUUCAACCAAUCGACAUCACCCUAUCAACCCUGUCCUAUUGAAUUGAAACCCGUCCAACGCGGGCCGAAGUUGACGCCUUCUCAGGAUUCCAUCUAUAUGGCCGUCAGUUUUAAUCGAAGACCUCCCUCACCUCGCGCCGUCAUCGAGAUACACGGGGAGCUUUCUCUUUGGUUGCCGCCUAAGAAAAAAUGGAAGCCAUUAUACGCAUCGCUUGAUGGUGAACAGAGCAUUAUUACACUAACUGAUGGAGAUAAACGGAAGCCCGAACGAAUUGAUCUCUCCCGUUGCGACUUUUUCCCAGUGCAUCCUCUAAUGUUUGACAAGCCUCACUGCUUCGGCCUUCUUCUUUCUUCCACGGGUGAACGCGAGGAUUAUGUAUUCGCCGUCGAACCACCUAAUUCCUUCAACCCAUUUGCCAGUGCUGGUGGCGGUUUUUCGGUAGGUUCUUUGUCGUCGACUAACGCCUCUACACCCUCCAUUCAGUCAUCAUCGUCCGCCCGAACGCAGCACGGGGCAGGCAACACGUCAUCUGGGCCUACCUCCUCUAGCACCAACGCCUUUCUCUCAGGCGGAACUACUGAUCUCGACCCUCAGGCCUAUGCCGGUAGAUCUGAUUCCUCCGGAACCUCUGAAGUACCAGCAGGCUGUCAGCGUUUCUAUGGCCUAAGCAACGCCGCGGGAUCAAGUUGGUCUAAGACCCUCAAUUACCCAGCUGUCAAUUUGUCGUCUGUCGCGGGGGCUGUUGGCAAGACUGCAGGAGGAGGCUCGUGUGGCGGACCGUCACUUACAGACCUGGCCUACGUGCGUUGGCUAAAGGCCCUUGCUGCACAUUGUCGCAACACUCGUGCUGAAUCUGCUGUAGACGCUGAUCCUGAACGACGAAGGAGUGAAGUCCGAUGCUUUCGGACGCUAGAGGUCAAGCUUACAAAUGCUAAACUCCACCCAAUGCCACCGUCUGGACGCCGUGAAGUCGCAGUCUACUCUGUUUUUGUUGACGGCCUCGAGAUCGCUCGUGCAUACAGUGGUGCCACGAACCAGACAAUCACAUUUGAGGAGUUUCCUUGUGGAUAUAAGAAAGUGGAAGUAACUUAUCGAGAGGACAAAAAGAAACGACAGCCUCUUGUGCUGGCUGAACUUGAUUUAACUGCACAGCAACCCACCAAUGUAGCGAGUGGGAGCACAGCAUCCCAGCAAUCCCUUUUGGGGAGUUCAGCAAGUGUCGAUUUAUCAGCAAGUGCAGGAACUGUGGGGAGUCGUAGUUCCGCCGGGGGCUGUGAUUCACCAGAGAGCCAGCCUCCACCACUGCCCAAGCCAACCUUCUCCCCAAAGCCGAUUUGCAGUUUUCGUGAGUCCGUCUCUCCCCACGCCACUCUCACUUACCGUGAACUUUAUGUCCUGCCCUUCCAAUGUUAUGACAAACUGCGAAAGGUGAUAACUUCUCACUUGGAAAGCGAACUUGUUCCCGUCUGUACAUACAUGUGGGAGGUCUUGGCAAGCGAUCAAAAUAAUUUUCAAUCCAGUCUCCUACUCGCUUGCAUUGAGUCCAAACGUCAUCUUGAAUUGAUUGUCAAUCUACUGAAGGCCAUCAUUCCUUCCGACAAUCCCAGUGGUGCCUUCAGAUCGAAUGCCCUCGGCCAAUUAAUCAUGGAUCAGUAUAUGAAUAUGGUGUGUUCUGACUGGCGCCAAAACUGCUUCCGCCGCGUCUUCAACGAGGUGGCAAAAGGCGCCCCUGUUGCCCUCUCCUCCGCUUCUCCGCCAACAGCGUGCACGGUGCCCGCGCGAACAGUCAAGGGUUCCACUGGAUGGGAAAAGUACCCGACUUCCGACGUGUGUGAACCCUCUUCCUCUUCGUCCGGGUCGUUCAGCACUCACUCAACUUCAGAACUGCAUCGGGUUGCAACGUGCCCUGCGCAGCAUCACAGCGAUGCAUCUCCUGUUACCUCACAAGUGUUUUCCUUAUCCACUCCCCGAGCCAGUAAUUAUUCCAGUCAGGCAGAGUGGUAUUGUAGUCUGGUUGAAUUACUGAUCGAGGAUUUGCUAGAAUACGCCAAAGAAUUCCCUCUUCAAAUUCGCUGGAUUUAUUCCGAACUACAGAAAUGCCCAGAAUUGCAAUCUACAAAUGUUGUCUUGUGUAAUCUGCUCUUCCUCCGUGGCCUCUGCCCGUCGCUCUGCAAGGGUUGCGACGUUUCGGGGGCCGAAUCCCCUGCUCUCCGAGACUCAAAGGCCCUGAAGACUGUUGCAAAAUACCUCAUUGCUUUAACUAGUCAAAAACCGAACGUUAGCGAGAACAGUCUCCCACCUGACGUGUUCACUUCGUGCAGGUCUAAGCUCCUCAACAAGUUCGCGUCCCACGUUUUGUCUCCACUGUCAACGGAGGAGUUGAAGCGCCUAGAGGGUCUGUACAUAGAGGAGGCAAUGCGUGCAAGUGCCAGCUCUAUGAGUCGCGAACUUGCCCAAUUAGCCAGUUACUUUCAGCUGGUUUUUUUAUCUGAUUCAACUCCCGGCAGUGGUGGCAACUGGGAGGACACACCCACGCUGCUUAAUAGGGAGCAGCUCGCCGUCAUACAGAGGCCAAAUGCGCCACACCUGCGCGAGAGCCUACUGGAGUUAAAUAAGCUUACCCCAACGACCUCAGCGCCUGUUCCUCACCACCAUACGGAGAUGCCAAUGGCGAUGACCCCUCACCCGAAGUUGAGUGCGGGGCUGAUGAAAGGUCUCAGUGGAAUCUUCGCUUCCUCAUCCGGGUCAGCCUCUAAGGGAACUGGCGCCAGUCCUUCAAAUGCUUCCUCAAUGUAA